AUGGCGUAUGCUCGGUUUGCUGGAGGGAUUUUCGUCUUCCACCACGCCGGAGAGGACGCUGGGCUCCGACGGGGAGUAGCAGUCGCGAAGCGGUUCGAGCUCUCUUCAUGA